CAAUCUAUUCCCAACAGCCACAUUAACUUCCGUCAACAAAACAGAUUCGAGUAGCGUACUGAGAUAGUUGUCAGAUCCUGCCGGCCCAAAACUGCUCGAACUCGCUCCUGUCAAAUGUAAAAAUCUGGAAAACAUUCUGAGCUCUACCAGUUCUGCAUACGAUGUCAAACCAAGGCGAUCGCAAAUCUUGCAACGAAAUCGAACGGGAGGUGGGCGGAGCGGAGUCGCCGCCUCCCUCUGAUCUUCCACGUCCGCCCCACCACUCCCAUUGCCUGGCUCAGGACCAGGAAGCGGUAUCAGCAGCGUUAGCUUCCUCUCCCAUCGCCAGUCCCACCGCCAGCCGUACGCUGGACACACGCCUCAAUCCAAACGCUCCGGUUUUUGUCCCAACGUUCAAGGCCGAUCUAAUAGCCUGCAAGCUUUUCAAUGACUGUGAGUAUCGCUUGCCUUGGACGCUUGCGGGUGAUACAUCCUUUCCGCAUCCUCCAGUGGCUCCCUACACCCGAUGGAGCACAGCCUCGUCCGAGGACCUCUCUUACGGACCCCGCUUUGAAUCCAUUUGGCGCGAGAGCAGCCUGAUGCGUCAGGAAAUGAUAUUGGGCAACGGAGAGGAGGAGAUCUUGCAGCUCCUAGAGGAGGACGAGCAGCAGGCCAUGAAUGUAGGAGCCGAGUCCUACGAUCCCAAGCUAAGGAGAAUAACCCUGACGCAGUCGAAUAUCCUAGACAUAGUGGGGGGUCUGCAGCCGGAGCAACAACAACCACAGCAGCAGCAGGACCUUCUUCCAGGAGAGCGGAGCGAAGAGGGCCGUUCAUCCAGGUCCUGGGCUGGAUGCUGCUCCGCCUGUCUGCUCAUGUAG